UUCAUAUUAACAACAUAGCGAGGUGGCCGAACCCCAUCUCUGAUUUUGGUUGCUGCAGCUCUAGGAUUAUGUAAACCAGCUUUGCAUGCCUGAAUCUUGAAGAAAGUUUCUGGGUUUCUUGUUGGGUUCACAGGGCAUCUGUGGGUCCUGCUGUUUGGUGUGGUUCAAUGGAGAGUGCUGAUCUUUAUAAGGUCAGCAGUUUACGCAGAAACAGUUCCGUCUGGAGGAACAGUGCAGUUGAGGUUUUCUCGAGAUCUUCUCGAGAAGAAGAUGAUGAAGAAGCCUUGAAAUGGGCUGCUCUUGAGAAAUUGCCCACUUAUAAUCGUUUGAGGAAAGGUAUCCUCAUUGGUGCAGGAAGUGAGCUCAGUGAGAUUGAUAUUGGAAGUCUUGGAAUUCAAGAGAAGAAGGAUUUACUGGAUAGACUGGUACGAGUUGCGGAGGAGGAUAAUGAGAAGUUUCUCUCGAAGCUCAAGAACCGGAUUGAUAGAGUUGGAAUUGAUAUUCCUACCAUCGAAGUCCGUUUCGAGCAUCUUAGCAUUAAUGCAGAUGCUUAUGUAGGAAGCAGAGCUCUACCUACAAUCCUCAACUUCUCUGUUAAUAUAGUAGAGGGGUUGUUGAAUCAUCUCCACCUUCUUCCAAGUAGAAAGAAACCAUUUUCGAUCCUUCAAGAUGUCAGCGGAAUUAUCAAGCCUUCUAGAAUGGCCUUGCUCUUAGGUCCCCCAAGCUCAGGAAAGACCACCUUGCUCUUGGCUUUGGCUGGAAAGCUUGAUCCAGAUCUAAAGGUUUCUGGGAGAGUAACUUACAAUGGCCAUGGACUGGAUGAGUUUGUUCCACAGAGGACAUCAGCCUAUAUCAGUCAACAUGAUCUUCAUAUUGGAGAAAUGACUGUGAGAGAGACAUUGGCUUUCUCUGCUAGGUGUCAGGGCGUUGGCACAGGUUAUGAGAUGUUGGUGGAGUUGGCAAGAAGAGAAAAGGCAGCAAAUAUCAAACCUGAUCCUGAUAUAGAUGUUUACAUGAAGGCAUCCUCACUAGAAGGGCAGGAGGCCAGUGUAGUUACAGAUUAUAUUCUAAAGAUUUUGGGAUUGGACAUCUGUGCUGAUACCAUGGUAGGUGAUGAAAUGUUGAGGGGUAUCUCAGGAGGACAAAGGAAGCGUGUGACAACUGGGGAGAUGCUGGUUGGACCAGCAAAAGCAUUGUUCAUGGAUGAAAUAUCUACGGGUUUGGACAGCUCCACAACUUUUCAGAUUGUGAAUUCACUGAGGCAGUCCAUUCACAUCCUCAAUGGGACUGCUGUUAUCUCCCUCCUCCAGCCUGCACCAGAGACCUAUGAUCUUUUUGAUGACAUCAUUCUCCUCUCAGAUGGGGAGAUCGUUUAUCAGGGGCCCCGUGAAAAUGUGCUUGAGUUCUUUGAAUCUAUGGGCUUCAAAUGUCCUGAGAGAAAAGGGGUUGCUGAUUUCCUGCAAGAGGUGACAUCAAAAAAAGAUCAGAAACAGUACUGGGCACGGAAAGAUGUACCAUAUAGUUUUGUUUCCGCCAAGGAAUUUGCAGAGGCAUUCCACUCAUUCCACGUUGGCAAGAAACUAGAAGAAGAGCUUGCAACCCCUUUUGACAAGACCAAGAGCCACCCAGCUGCUUUAUCAACUAAGAAGUAUGGUGUUAGCAAAAAGGAACUGUUGAAAGCUUGCAGCUCAAGAGAAUUCUUGCUGAUGAAGAGAAACUCAUUUGUUUACAUCUUCAAGAUGACACAACUUACAAUUGUAGCUUUGAUCACAAUGACAAUCUUCCUACGUACCAAGAUGCACCGACGAGACGACACUGAUGCUGGGAUUUUUAUGGGCGCUCUGUUUUUCACUCUUAUCAUGAUUAUGUUCAAUGGAUUCUCAGAGAUGGCCAUGACAAUCCAAAAGCUUCCAGUCUUUUACAAGCAAAGGGAUCUCCUCUUCUUUCCUGCAUGGGCAUAUUCUCUCCCCACAUGGAUCCUUAAAAUACCAAUUUCAUUUAUGGAAGUUGCAGUUUGGGUAUUCAUUACUUAUUAUGUCAUUGGUUUUGAUCCAAACGUUGAGAGGUUGUUUAGACAGUAUUUUUUACUCCUACUUGUCAAUCAGGUGGCUUCUGCACUGUUCCGAUUCAUUGGAUCAGUAGGAAGGAAUAUGAUUGUUGCAAACACAUUUGGGUCAUUUUCAUUGCUUGCAGUUCUGGUUUUGGGUGGCUUUAUUUUGUCACGAGAGAAUGUAAAGAAAUGGUGGAUAUGGGGUUAUUGGGUGUCACCUCUGAUGUAUGGACAAAAUGCAUUAGCAGUAAAUGAGUUUCUCGGGAAGAGUUGGAGACAUGUACCUCUUAAUAAAACAGAAACACUUGGAGUAUCCGCGAUCAAGUCCCGUGGAUUCUUUGCAGAGGCACGUUGGUAUUGGAUUGGAGUAGGGGCAAUGAUUGGAUACAUCUUUCUGUUCAAUUUCCUUUUUACUGUGGCUCUAACUUAUCUCAAUCCAUUUGAGAAGCCUCAAGCAGUUAUAUCUGAAGAGACUCUGAGCAACAAAGACACAAGCAGAACUAGAGAAGUAGAAGGCUCUUCCUCUCAAGGAAUGAGUUCCACUGGUCGUACCACAUCUGGAGAAAGACAAGAUGAAAUUAGAAGAAGUGUCUCAUCUGGGUUUUCAUCUGUAAGGGCAGAAACCAUUGAUGAAGUUAAUGAGAAUACUAGACGGGGCAUGGUUCUUCCAUUUCAACCUCUUUCCAUCACAUUUGAUGAAAUUAGAUACUCUGUAGAUAUGCCACAGGAAAUGAAAAAUCAAGGUGUUACUGAAGACCGGUUAGAACUUUUAAAGGGUGUGAGUGGAGCUUUUAGGCCAGGAGUCUUAACAGCAUUAAUGGGUGUCAGUGGUGCUGGUAAGACCACCUUAAUGGAUGUAUUGGCUGGAAGAAAAACAGGUGGAUAUAUAGAAGGAAACAUCACCAUAUCUGGUUACCCCAAGAAGCAGGAGACAUUUGCCCGAAUAUCAGGAUAUUGUGAGCAGAACGAUAUCCACUCUCCCUAUGUUACAGUGUAUGAGUCCCUUCUAUAUUCUGCUUGGCUCCGAUUACCUCCCGACGUUGAUUCUUCAACAAGAAAGAUGUUCGUUGAGGAGGUCAUGGAGCUUGUGGAGCUGAACUCUUUGAGGGAGGCACUAGUUGGACUGCCUGGUGUAAAUGGUCUCUCAACCGAACAACGCAAAAGAUUGACCAUUGCAGUUGAGCUUGUCGCAAACCCUUCUAUAAUAUUCAUGGAUGAGCCAACUUCAGGACUUGAUGCCAGGGCUGCUGCAAUUGUGAUGAGAACAGUGAGGAACACUGUGGACACAGGAAGAACAGUUGUGUGUACCAUUCACCAGCCAAGUAUUGACAUAUUUGAAGCAUUUGAUGAGUUAUUUCUAAUGAAGCGAGGAGGACAGGAAAUCUAUGUGGGUCCAUUAGGGCAUCAUUCUUGCCAUCUGAUCAAGUAUUUUGAGGGAAUUGAGGGAGUAAGCAAAAUAAAAGAUGGUUAUAAUCCAGCAACAUGGAUGUUGGAGGUGACUACAACAGCACAAGAAGAAAUUCUAGGGGUAGAUUUUACUGAGGUGUACAAGAGGUCUGAACUUUAUAGGAGGAACAAAUCUUUAAUUGAAGAACUAAGCACUCCUUCUCCCGGUUCUAAAGACCUUUACUUCCCUACAAAGUAUUCACAGCCUUUUAUCACCCAAUGCAUGGCUUGCCUAUGGAAACAACACUUGUCAUAUUGGCGCAACCCAUCGUACACUGCAGUGAGAUUUCUAUUCACAACAUUCAUAGCCCUUAUGUUUGGGACAAUAUUUUGGGAUCUUGGUUCCAAGAGAGGAAGGAAACAGGAUCUUAUUAAUGCAAUAGGUUCUAUGUAUGCUGCUGUUCUUUUCCUUGGGGUCCAAAAUUCCUCAGCUGUUCAGCCUGUUGUGGCGGUAGAACGGACAGUCUUUUACAGAGAGAAAGCAGCUGGAAUGUAUUCGGCUUUACCAUAUGCCUAUGCACAGGUGAUGAUUGAGCUUCCACAUAUCUUUGUGCAAGCCUCAGUAUAUGGGGUCAUAGUUUAUGCCAUGAUUGGAUUUGAAUGGACAGCUGCAAAGUUCUUUUGGCAUAUAUUUUUCAUGUACUUCACAUUGUUAUACUUCACAUUCUAUGGGAUGAUGGCUGUGGCUGUCACUCCAAAUCACAAUAUUGCUGCCAUAGUUUCCUCUGCUUUCUAUUUAAUAUGGAACCUCUUCUCAGGAUUUAUAGUCCCACGAACAAGGAUUCCUGUCUGGUGGAGAUGGUACUAUUGGGCUUGUCCUGUUGCUUGGACCUUGUAUGGAUUAUCUGUUUCACAGUUUGGAGAUAUAGAAGACAGACUUGAUACAGGGGAAACAGUCGAAUCUUAUCUUAGAGAAUAUUUUGGAUUCAAACAUGACUUUCUGGGUGUGGUUGCUGCUGUAAUUGUUGGCUUCACAGUGCUCUUUGUAUUCAUCUUUGCCUUUUCAAUAAGAGCAUUCAACUUCCAGAGGAGAUAAGAAAGAUAUUGCAGCUAGUAGAACCAGGAUAAAAAUUGGAUGAUGAUGACAAAGUUGUUGACAAUCCCAUUCUCGGUAUACAUCUUUUGGAGGGAUUCAGGUUGUACAUAAGGAAAUAUCUGUGGAACUUGUUGGGGUUAAUGUUUUAUUUUAAUUCAUUGGUUUGUCAAUCUUAGGUACAUUGUGUAUUCUGUUUCAUGGUUGAUUAACAGCAAAGUAGAAAAAAAAAAAAGAAAUUCUUCAAGUUUUUCUAUAUGUCGCGUAUCCA